CGCUACCACGCUUCCAGAUACUUGGCAAUUUGCGAAUUGAGCCUAGUCUCUCAAUCCAAUACUUGCGGGUAUUUUGGUGAUGGCUCGGAUGCAUUUUGCGGCCUUAUGGAGCUCGCCAUGUCUUCUCGUGGUCGCAGCCACUCAAACUCCCGCCGCGGAGCUACGGAGGAGCUCUUUUUUAAAAUGUUGGCGCUUGCAGCCUUUGGCCCCACAUACGCAUUUUUCUUGCAAUUGUGACAGAGGGAAAUGGAAGGCCAGAGCUGAAAACGGGUUAAAUAAUGGUAUAACUUUAAAAAGAAAACAUCUUAAAGUAAGCCAUUCACCACAAACUUUGGAGGGUCGCCUAUUACGAUUUUUCCAAAUUUUCCAGCUACGCUACUCUAUAUCUAGUUCUGCAUUGUCAAAUUCCUUUUUCUGGAUUAUAUUGACAGUCAAGAUGGUCAAGUCAUUGGUGUUUCAAAAGCUUGGCAGUGCAAACUUGCCCUUGGCUUGUGUGUCUAACUCAAUUAACAGACCAGUAUCACUUCAAUUGGAUGUAUCUCUCCCUUCUAUUGAAGAUAUUAGAUGGAGUUUCUCUAGGUUGUAUUAUUUAUUCAACAUGCAGCUUGACAGGAAUAUUGGAACGUUUUUCGUUGCCUUACUAGCAGCAUGUUUCUCAUUCGUCAUAGUUGGAGGUUUUUUAUUUUACAAGUUCAGGAACAAGAAGCAGUCUCUAGAAGAUUGUUUUUGGGAAGCUUGGGCUUGCCUUUGUUCGUCAUCUACUCAUUUGCGGCAAAGAACACGUGUUGAGCGUAUUCUUGGUCUUGUCUUGGCCAUUUGGGGCUUACUAUUUUAUUCUCGCUUGUUGAGCACGAUGACAGAACAAUUCAGAUAUAAUAUGCAAAAGAUCCGAGAAGGAGCACAGCUACAAGUUAUGGAGACUGACCAUAUAAUUAUAUGUGGUGUUAACAGUCAUCUAAUGUUUAUAUUAAAGCAACUAAAUAGGUUCCAUGAGUCUGCAAUUCGUCUGGGAACUGCUAAAGCAAGGAAGCAACGGGUUCUUCUCUUGUCUGAUCUUCCAAGGAAGCAAAUAGAAAAGCUUGGUGAUAGUAUUACCAAAGAUUUGAAUCAUAUUGAUAUCCUUACAAAGAGUUGCAGCCUUGGCUUGACAAAGUCUUUUGAAAGAGCAGCCGCCAGCAGAGCACGAUCUAUUAUUAUGUUACUGGCAAAGAAUGACUGGUAUGAAGUUGAUACAGAUGCAUUUCUCUCUUUAUUAGCUUUGCAACCUUUACCGAAAAUAACUUCUGUUCCAACCAUUAUUGAGGUUUCUAAUUCUGGCACAUGUGAUCUUUUGAAAUCAAUCACUGGUGUAAAUGUUGAGCCAGUGGCAAUGGUUGCAUCUAAAUUGUUUGUUCAGUGUUCACGGCAGAAGGGGCUCUUGAAAAUUUAUCGUCAUCUUCUUAAUUAUAGAAAAAACGUGUUCAGUCUCUGUACUUCGCCAAAUUUAGUUGGACUGCAGUAUAAGCAUGCACGAUGUGGAGUCAAAGAGGGAAUCGUUUGCGGACUCUUUAGGUCUGCAAAAGUAAAUUUCCACCCAAAUGAUGAAGAAGUAAUCAAAGAUACUGAUAAAAUUUUGCUUAUAGCACCUGUUUUGGGGAAACAAAAACCUCAAAUUUUGCUCCCUCAAACUGCUUCUAUGGAGUCUGUUGCUUCUGGAAAUCAGAAGGUUGCAGAACAAGGGACCUCAUCUAUGAUCCUUGAGUUGAGGAAAGCACGCUUUGACAGGAUUGCAAAGCGUCCUUCCAAAUCAACAUCCAAGGCAAGUGAUUGGAAUCUUGGACCGAAAGAGUGCAUCCUUAUGGUUGGAUGGAGGCCAAAUGUUUGUGAAAUGAUCAAGGAAUAUGAUAGUUAUCUUGGGCCUGGCAGUAUAGUGGAAAUCCUUUCCGAGGCUACCAUCAGUGAAAGAAGCGGAGUAAAACCUACAGUACCAAAUCAAUUGAAAAAUAUUAAGGUUCAUCAUAGGGUUGGGAAUCCCAUGAACUAUGAAACAUUGAAGGAAUCUAUUUUGAAUCUCAGUAAGACAUCCAAGAAUACGAAAGGGAUUCCAUUAUCAAUCGUUGUAAUAUCUGAUAGAGAGUGGUUGACCAAAGAUUCAUCCGAAGCUGACAAGCAUUCAGCGUAUACACUUCUACUUGCGGAAAGCAUUUGCAAUAAACAUGGCAUUAAGGUGGAUAACCUGGUAGCGGAAAUUGUUGAGACGAGACUGGGAAAACAAAUUUCAAAAAUACGGCCAUCCUUAUCUUUCAUUGGGGGCGAGGAGGUGAUGAGUCUGGUUACUGCUCAAGUGGCUGAGUGUCGUGAGCUGAAUAUGGUCUGGAAAGACAUUCUAAAUGCUGAUGGGGAUGAAAUAUACAUAAAGGAAAUUGGCUUCUAUAUGAAGAAGGGUGAGACCGCAUCAUUUGCAGAGCUUUCCGAGAGAGCCAUUUUACGUCGCGAAGUUGCAAUUGGUUUUGUGAAACAAAAUAAGCUGGUCAUUAAUCCAAGCAACAAGUCAGAUCCGCUCACAUUUGAUAUGACCGAUUCACUUAUCGUAAUAUCUGAGCUUGAAAGAUAGCAGCCUAUGGUUUACUAUGGCUAAGUUAUGAUCAUUCUUAAAGAGUUAAAUCUCCACAAACCAAGUCGUUUCCAUACCGGCCUUUUAUGUACCAUUGAAAUACUUGGGCAAAACAAGCUUUUGUUUCCAGAAUAAUGGGGAUGCAAAGAGCAGCAUUCACAGCAUGAUCUAUGUUACUUCAUUCCAACGUUUUUUGUUUAAAUAAAUUUGAAUAUUUGUGUAAAAUCCUGAUUCAGGAACAUUUGAAGGGAAAAUUCCUUUUUCAUGAGAUGACUGUUUGACGCGGGUGCGAAGGUCCCCAAGUGGAUGGGAUGCAGGUGCUGGAAGGCUCCCGUGCGAGCGGCAACAAUGGAUCGGUCCCAACCGGUCCUGGGAAUUCUCGAGCCAAGCGGCUCGGACAAGCCUCUUGACAAGGCGAACGGCCUCCCACGCCUCUGUCCGCCUUCCAGUUCUGCGUCUUCUUCGUAUGGAAGUAUUUUAAUGGUUAUUUCUGGAUUUUCUUACAU